AUGGAGUCGCCUCAUAGCCCGACUCCUACCUACGGCAUCGCUUCUCCCCAGAUCGACGACAUCCAGUACUCACCUUGUUCUCCCACCGACGCCCUGUGGCGUGACGCGAUAUGUAACGACAAUUGCCAGGCAACGAUGGACCCGCAAUCACAGAGGAGAUUUCCCACUGAUUCGUCCUCGGUCGCAUCAGCUGAGCUGGUCGACGCAAUCUUUUCGUUUCUCAACCCCCUUGAUCUAGUAGCUGUUUCCGCCACUUGCCGUGCGCUGCGGAAGCAUGCCAUCUCCGAUGCCCUGUGGCACCCCCUCGUACAGGCAAACGUGCCCGGCGUAACUCUCAGGACCCCUUAUCCCUUCAGUUCUUACCGAGAACUUUACGCCACUCACGACCCCAAAUGGUUCCUUCCCAAGUACAAGAUCUGGUUCUGUGACCGCGAUCUUGUGGGGAAGCUCAUCCUCGUGCGCUACGACCAGCGCCGCGGCUGCAUCGAGGGCCACCAGCUCCUAGCCGUCUCCAACCAUAGGAACCAACAAAGCUGGUCCGAAAAUCAGCAUGUCAUGAUCCACUCCUUUGCGCCUCGCGUUAUGCUGCACGAGGACAAGCCAGUCUUGAAAUUUUCAGCGACCAUCAACCCCGAUUCGCCGAGGGCGCCAGAGCUAAUGGGGGCAAAACGCGGCUUCCAGGCCGAGGUGCCCAUGAUUAUCGACGAAAACCCCAACAACAUGUACUGCAACUUCCUACUCACCCGGCCCCUAGAACCAGAGGCAAUCGCGCCCAUGUUGCAACAACCUUUUCCCUACGGAUACGUCUGGCCACCGCCCGCGAUCCCCUCACGUCAGACCGUCACCGGCACGCCAGCUUUCCACGACGAACACCAUCUAGUUGCGCCGCCCGAACUCCCCUCUACUCGCGCCGAGUCCUCGGACCAAACUUUCCGCGUCCGACAAUGGAUUGAAAUGGCCGGCAGCCCCCCGGCCGGACUAAUAUUCGGACAGGGCCUUCAGAGUAUGAUGCAGACACUUACUGGAAGGGUAACGCCCCCCCGUAGGCCGGGCGCGCGUAGCUCCCUCGUCGACUUCCCUGGACUGACGGGCGUGCAUCUCGGAGAGGAAGUCAUUACGUACUCCACCCUUGACCCGGCUCUCUACACCCCGACCGAUCUAAAGCCUUGGCGCGGUAUCUGGGUCGGGGAUUACAGCAGCCACGGCUGUGAAUUCCUGCUAGUCCACCAACCUGACGAUCCGGUGGCCACGGAUGAAGAACUAGGCCUUGUUCGGUCGGAAGGAGAACCAGAAGCCGACUGGGAGAAACGUCGACGUGAUGCGCGGAUCUACAGGGGACGGUUGGAAGCUGUCAAACUCACGGGCGAUCCGAACAUCCCACGCGGCGAACCUACUUUUAUUGCUAAAGAUUUGGGGGUUGGGGGAUUUGUAGGAGUGGCAGAGGAGCAUCCUUUCUAUGGAGCGAGGGUUGUGCGGAGCCAGGGCCAUAUUGCGAGAAGUGGAUUCCAAGAAGAUGAAUUCGUGGAAUCCCGGCUCCUUCUCAUUUCGCCCAAUCGCAUCGCUCAAUACUGGCUUGGAUUCAACCACAUCAGUUUCUUUGAGAGGAUAGACAUUGACCAGUUCCUGGAUCCCGAACGACCGAGGAUCUUUUGA